GGCUUAUCAAUUAAAGUACUUUCCAUAUGUAUAAAACUAUAUUAGAUUAUGCUCAUUUAUAUUCAUGUAUAAAUAUAACUAUUUGUGUGUCAAAUAUAAACAAUGGAACCAAUGAAUAGAGGUGCAAAUACAUGUCUAGUGUGUAGACGUUUGAGAAGAAGAUGUCGUAAUGAUUGUGAAAUUGGCCAAUACUUUCCAUCAAAUAGGAGUGAUGAUUUUCAUAGUGUCCUAAGUCUUUUUGGGUUAACUAACCUUAGGAAAAUCAUGAGAUCUGUAGAAGAACAUCAAAGACAAACUCUUGCAAAUUCUAUUCUCUUGGAAGGCAAAGCUUGGAGACUUUAUCCAGAUAGAGGAUUGUUGGGAUAUAAGAUGGAGUUGGAUGCUCAAAUUUCUUCUACUUUGAAUGAAGUAGAAAUUGCUGAGAAGUUUUUGGCAUAUUUUAAGGAUCAAACAAAUCUAAACAAUGAAAGAGGAGAAUCAAGCAAUAUUGCAUUCAAGAGAAAUGAAGUUAUUGAAGAGAAAGAGUUAAAGAAAGAUGAAAAGGGAAAACAAGCUAUCAUUGAACAAAAUGAACUAGAGAUAUAUGAUGAGGAUGAAGACUUUGCCCCAAAGUAAAAUGGAGAAUUUGAAUAGUGAAAGAUGAUACCCAUGUAGUUAAUUACAUGGUAUUAUUAUUAUUAUUAUUAUUAUUAUUAUUAUUAUUAUUAUUAUUAUUAUUAUUAUUAUUAUUA